UCAGUAUAUUUGCUAUAGUGCUACCGAAAUGACGUGUCAUCACAGUGUAUAGUGUGUGUUCAACUAAUCGUUCUCUCAUGUGAUAAUAGUGUGUGUGAUAACGUAAAUAAUACUGUUUGACUAGCAGUUUGGAGCACUGUUCUAAAGCGCAUGGCUUUAUUUUAAGAUUAUGUUGAGGAUAAAUUUUAACAAAAAUGGCUUCAAAUGGAAACGAAAACACAAAUCACAUCAGUGAAAAUGUAAAUAAUCACUUGAACAAUAGUGUUAAGGACCUAAACAAAAUCAACUCACUGAAAUCAAAUGAGAAACCUGCCGACGAUAUAAUCGUAUCUUACGAUAAUAAGGAAAAGGAUGAAGAGUUGUGGAAAGUGAAAUUCGAAGGACUCGAUGAUGAUGAUAGUAUAUGUUCAGAUGAUUCAGACGAUGAGAAACUACCUCCCAUCCCUGAUGGUGGGUGGGGGUGGGUAGUCGUAGCAUCAGGGUUUCUAGUGGCCGCCUGCGCGGACGGCCUGGCAUUCUCAUUUGGACUACUGCACGAAGAAUUCACUUCAUACUUUGAAACGACACAGUCGAAGACGUCCCUAAUAGGAAGUUUAUUUAUAGCCACCCCUCUGUUAGCUGGGCCAGUGAUGAGUGCGCUUGUAGACAGAUACGGCUGCAGAGCUAUGACUAUGAUAGCUGGUGUUAUUUCCACGAUAGGAUUCCUUCUAGCUUCAAUUAGUAAUUCGGUUGAAAUGUUAUGUUUGACCUUUGGAUUAAUGAGCGGAUUAGCAAUGGGCAUAUUGUAUGUCACGGCAGUAGUCUCCGUGGCAUUUUGGUUUGACAAGAGGAGAAAUUUAGCCGUCUCUCUAGCUUCAUGUGGCAUUGGAUUUGGGACUCUUGUGUAUUCUCCGUUGACCCACUAUUUGCUCGAGAUGUAUGAUUGGAGAAAUACUGUAGUGUUUUUAGCUUGCACUUUGCUGAAUUUGUGUGUAUGUGGAGCGUUGAUGAGGAAUCCUGAUUGGCUUAUAAUUAAACAAAAGAGGGAGAGAAGAUUGAGAAAAUGGCGAUCCCGAAGAUCGUCUAGGAGAUCUUCAAGCGCUGGGUCUAUGGCGUCAAGAUCACUAGCUGGAGAAUCCAUGUACGCGAGUAUAGAGGAACUACAAACUUUACUGAAAAGUGGGAAAAACCCUGAGUAUAUUCUAGCUACGUUGGCGUCGUCGAUAGCUGAAGCUAAAGAAUUGGAAGCCACUACACAAAUGAAUGCCGAACAAUCUUGCAAAAAAAUGCAAUCUACAAUUCAUCUGCCUACCUUCGUACAAAAUAAAGAAGAGGUACCGACAGAAGUGAUCGAAAAUCUCAUGUCUAACAAGCAUCUUUACAACAUUAUUAUAAAGAACUAUCCAGAACUGACACGAAGACGAUCUGAUGAAAACAUCAAAGCCAAACCAGCUUCUAAAGAACCAGCUACAUUACUAGACAUCAAAGUGAAGAAGCACAAGAAGUCAUCAGAUUUAGAAAACACAAAGAAAGCAUUAGAAAAAUCUGAGAAGUUAUCUAAAGAAAGUGUGUAUGCUGGAAGUGAUCCACCAAAUCCCGUAACAGCUUCAACGAAUGAUAUAAAAACUUCAGCAGUGAAGCCGAAAGCGCGGACACCACAGCAGAGAGACUGGUUAUCGAGGCAGAUCUCCACUGACCACCAUUACCUUCGUGAUAUGCCGCUGUACAAGAACACAAUAAUGCAUAGAGGCGCCAUGUUGACGAUCCCUAGGUACAAGCUGAGAGCGGCGUCGUUGCCUAACAUUUACAAGAACAGCACUUGGUCCCUCAGUACUGUUUCCGAUGACGUAAUGAACUGCUGGCAGCGCAGCAGCGAGACGUUCAAGAAGAUGUUCGACUUCCGCAUGUUCGCCGAGUUCCACUUCCUGAUGUUCAACAUCUCCUCGCUGAUCCUGUCCGUCUGGUUCAUCAUCCCGUACUUCUUCCUCAACUCCUUCAUGGUGGCCAGGGGCGUGGAGGGGGGACCCACCAUGAUCAGUAUUAUUGGCGUCGCUAGCAGCAUUGGCAUUGUAGUCCUCGGCUGGGCAGGCGACCAGCCCUGGAUCAACGUGACCAAGACCUACGCGGUCUGCCUCAUCAUCUGUGGCCUGUCUGUCGCCGUCUACCCUCUCUUCAUCACCAACUACUGGGCCCUGACCGUCAUCUCUGCCGUCUUUGGCCUCUCCUUCGCCAGCUCCUACUCAUAUACUCCGACCAUUCUUAUGGAGUUGAUGCCGAUUGAUAAGUUCACUGUGGCCUACGGGCUGAUCUUGUUGAGUCAGGGGAUUGGGCAUCUGGGGGGACCUCCGUUAGCUGGCCUCCUCUACGACAUGACAGGCAUCUGGGACUACUCCUUCUACAUGGGCGGCAUAUGGCUCGUGGUCUCCGGUCUGUGUGUGGGCGUGAUCCCGUACACACGUGACGUGCGCCUGUGUGGGUCGGGCCCGCUGCUGAAGGAGGAAGAGGAGGAGAAGGAGGGGAGCGAGAGGGAGAAUGGUGCUGUCUCUGUCUGAAAAAGGUGUCAGUUUGUUGUCAGAAGAGUGCGCGCCACCACUGAAGUGUAACGGCAAAAUCGGGAACUAAUCUGCAAAUCAUACUGUUUGACAUUUUAAGUUCUAUGAGUAUGUAGAUAAUGUGUAUGAGUAAAUAAUACAAGGUAGGUACGUUGAAUACAACGCCACGGCUAUCAGCUGCAGUGGUGGCGCGGUCUAGCCUCAGCAGAUCAGCCCCCUAUAUCUCGAUAAAACUUAGAGCAAAAGAAAACAACAUGUAAAUAGCCGUUGCAAAAGGAGUAUGAGUCUGUUGGCCAUUUUCAUAUUGUUUUACCAUAGACGUAGUUAUCCUCUGUACUUAGUUUCAUGGUAGUUACCGCUAGAGGCGCUGCAUUGUAUUGUAAGAAACGGUAAAGUGGGAGAUCGACGAACGACUCGAACGAGUGAGUA